UUUGUUUUUGUUUUCUGCCCCUGGGAGUCGGGGCCGUCAAGAUGACUUCGGUUAGGAUUCCGACGCCUUGUGCUCCUUGAUUUUGACCUUGAGGCGCGAAGCCCUGUCAGUCAGUUUUGCAUUCCUGGGGGAGAUGUACUGUUUUUUGAGGCAUCAGAGGUGGAGGAGAAAGAGAUGGACCCCCCAGAUUCUGCCUCGAGGGUCUUCUGUGGCCGCUUCCUCAGCAUGGUGAACACUGAUGAUGUCAAUGCCAUCAUCCUGGCCCAGAAGAACAUGCUGGACCGCUUUGAGAAAACCAACGAGAUGCUUCUGAACUUCAACAACCUGUCCAGCGUGCGACUGCAGCAAAUGAGUGAGCGCUUCAUGCACCAUACUCGCACCUUGGUGGACAUGAAACGGGACCUGGACAGCAUCUUCCGCAGGAUCAGGACACUGAAGGGGAAGCUGGCCCGGCAGCACCCAGAGGCCUUCAGUCACAUCCCAGAGGGGACAUUCCUAGAGGACGAAGAUGAAGACCCCAUUCCACCCAGUAUCACCACAACCAUCGCCACCUCGGAGCAGAGCACAGGCUCCUGUGACACCAGUCCUGACACUGUCUCACCGUCUCUCAGUCCUGGCUUUGAGGACCUAUCACAUAUUAGACCUGGUUCCCCUGCUAUCAACGGCCACAGCCACACAGAUGACGAGGAAGAGACACAUGGAGAAUAGCCCCCCUUCCCACCAUCCCAGAAAGGCCAGGGCAGCAGUGGUCCUCCCAGGGUCACAUUUGGUCAGCUUUGCUGCUCCAUUCUGUCAUAGGCAGGGUUCCUAAUCCCUGCCCCUUCUAAAAGUGGGAUUUCCCUAUGCCAGGACAUGCACCCUAGCUGGGGCAGUGGGGCUGGCUAAAGGUAUCCUGCAGCUCAGCCUUGGCCAGCUCUGAAAGUACUUCUAGAGUUUCCAGAGACCAAAGCCAGAUGUCCCCCCAAGUCAUGGUGGGGGCCCCCUGGAGGUAAAUGGUGCCUGUAGGGCUGAGCUUGUCCCUAACAGCUGGCAGCUGCUGAUUUAAUUCUGGAGUGCUUUUUUUCUUGUGUUGAAUUCUGGGAGAGGUAGAAGGUUCAAGACAGAGGCAGCCUUGACUCUGGGGAGCUGUUUCUCACAGGUCUAGCAGGCAUCUCCAGGAGCCAGCCAGUCCCCUAGAAAACAACUGAAUGGAAUAUUUUUGUACCGAUGUUUAUAAAUGCUGUCGGGAAGUUAUCAGUAAAGAUACUCUUAAAAGGGAACACUG